GAUCGGAACUCGAAAGAGAGAGAAAGAUGACGGCGGACGGGAAAGAUAUGGAAGGGAAUGGAGGAAUCAGGGCGGCGCUCAUCCCAAAAGAAGAUAGAUGCAUGGUUUACCUCAGUACAUUUGUUGCCGUCUGCGGUUCCGCUGCAUUUGGAUCUUGUAUCGGAUAUUCAUCUCCCACUCAAUCUGCCAUCAGGGAAGAUCUCAACUUCUCCAUUGCCGAGUACUCGCUGUUUGGAUCCAUAGUAACGUUUGGUGCAAUGGGGGGCGCAAUCACAAGUGGUACUAUAGCAGACUACGUUGGUCGGAAAUGGGCAAUGAGAAUAUCAAGUGUUAUCUGUGUGGCAGGAUGGCUGUCCAUUUACUUUGCCAAGGGGGCUUUGCAGAUGGAUAUUGGAAGGGUGGCAACUGGAUAUGCAAUGGGAGUCUUUUCUUAUGUGGUUCCAGUUUUUAUAGCAGAAAUUGCACCCAAAGAAUUGCGAGGAGCAUUGACAACCUUAAAUCAGCUUAUGAUAAUCAUUGGAGUAUCAGUGGCCUUCAUUGUUGGAACUGUGCUGACAUGGAGGAAUUUGGCUCUAACAGGAAUAGUUCCAUGUGUCAUUCUUUUGUUGGGUCUCUUCAUCAUUCCCGAGUCUCCAAGAUGGCUGGCAAAGAUUGGACACAAGAAAGAGUUUGAAAUUGCACUACAGAAACUCCGUGGCAAAGAUGCUGAUAUAUCUGAAGAGGCAGCUGAAAUUCAGGAUUAUGUAGAAAAGCUUGAUAAGCUCCCCAAAGCAAAACUACUCGAUUUGUUUCAAAAACGAUAUUUGCGUUCAGUCACUAUAGGAGUUGGUCUAAUGCUGUGCCAACAAUUAGGUGGAAUUAAUGGAGUCUGUUUCUACGUUAGCAGUAUAUUUGAGACUUCAGGAUUUCCUUCAAAUGUGGGAUCUAUAACCUAUGCAAUUAUUCAGGUUAUAGUCACUGCACUGGGUGCAACUUUUAUAGACAAAGCUGGAAGGAAACCUCUUAUAUUGGUUUCUGCUGCAGGACUUGCUAUCGGCUGUCUACUAACGGGCAUCUCAUACUAUCUUAAGGGACAUAACAUUGCAGGCAAUGCAGCACCUAUAUUGGCUCUAGCAGGCAUACUGGUGUACAUAGGGUCAUUUUCAGUAGGAAUGGGAGCGGUUCCAUGGGUUAUUAUGUCUGAGAUAUUUCCUAUAAACGUCAAAGGCGUUGCAGGGAGCCUUGCGACACUAGUAAACUGGUUUGGCGCAUGGUUAUGUUCCUAUACUUUCAAUUUCCUCAUGUCUUGGAACUCCAUAGGUACUUUUAUGAUCUAUGCUGCAGUAAACGUGAUUGCAGUUUUGUUCGUGAUCAAGAUAGUGCCUGAAACAAAAGGGAGAACUUUGGAGCAAAUACAGGCUGCCAUUAAUGCAUAAACUCAUAAAAAAGACAUCCAAGGCUUCAUAGAAAUUCCAAGGCAGCAGCAGUUCAAAGCAGACUUUAUUAAACAUCAUCAGCAAAUGUGUAAGAUGGCUGCGUAAUUUGCUGAUUUACAUGGAUUUCCUUUUUUCAGAUAUUAUAUUGCAUUAUGUAAUUUUUACUAUUGGGUCUACUACAGCCCCCCAAUAUUUUCAUCUUUUAGUUUCUUUUCAUGUAUUUUGAAGAGGAAUGCCUCUUCUGGAGAGGUUUUGGUCUGGUCCCCCCUUUCUUUUUGUAUUCACUUUUAUUCUAAUAUAAUAAUACCCGACAAAUGUUCCCCGGCAUUUGCCGACUUAGAUGGUUUGCCUACCGGGUAUUCACUUUUAUUCUUACAUUUUAAAAAAAUGUAAGAUGGCUGAGUAUUUAUUUUUAUUUAUCAAAGCAAAUAAGGUUUAUCAAGAAAAAAAGCCA